AUGUGUGAAGUGAUGCCCACAAUCAAUGAGGGGGACCCCCUGGGGACUCCCCAUGGAACGGAUGCUGACGCCAACUUUGAGCAGCUGAUGGUGAACAUGCUGGAUGAGCGGGAGAAGUUGCUAGAGUCCCUUCGGGAGAGUCAGGAGACUUUGGCGGCGACACAGAGCCGGCUCCAGGAUGCCCUGCAUGAGCGAGACCAGCUCCAGUGCCACCUUAACUCUGCCCUUCCCCAGGAAUUUGCCACCUUAACCCGGGAGCUGAGUAUGUGUCGGGAGCAGCUUCUAGAGAGGGAGGAAGAGAUAUCAGAGCUGAAAGCAGAGCGGAAUAACACGAGGUUGCUUCUGGAACAUCUGGAGUGCCUAGUGUCCCGUCAUGAGAGGUCACUGAGGAUGACUGUGGUGAAGCGUCAGGCUCAGUCACCUUCAGGGGUUUCCAGUGAGGUGGAGGUGCUGAAGGCUCUCAAGUCACUGUUUGAGCAUCACAAGGCCCUGGAUGAGAAGGUGCGAGAGCGGCUCCGGGUGGCCCUGGAGAGAGUGACCACCUUGGAAGAGCAGUUGGCGGGUGCCCACCAGCAGGUGUCUGCCCUACAGCAGGAGGCAGGGGUUCAGGAUGGAGUGGCAGAAGAGGAGGGGACUGUGGAACUGGGACCGAAAUGCCUGUGGAAGCAUGACGCGGGACAGGUAGAAGAGCUGCAGGAGCUCCUGGAGAAGCAGAACUUUGAGUUGAGCCAGGCCCGGGAGCGACUGGUCACCCUGACAGCAACCGUGGCCGAACUUGAGGAGGACCUGGGCACGGCCCGCCGGGACCUCAUCAAGUCAGAGGAGCUGAGCAGCAAACAUCAGCGGGACCUCCGGGAAGCUCUAGCCCAGAAGGAGGACAUGGAGGAGCGAAUAACCACACUGGAGAAGCGCUACCUGGCUGCUCAGCGUGAGGCUACAUCGAUUCAUGACGUCAACAACAAACUGGAGAAUGAGCUGGCCAAUAAGGAGUCCCUGCACCGCCAGUGUGAGGAGAAAGCCCAACAUCUGCAGGAGCUACUGGAGGUAGCAGAGCAGAAACUGCAGCAGACGAUGCGCAAGGCUGAGACGCUGCCAGAGGUGGAGGCUGAGCUGGCCCAGAGAAUUGCAGCCCUCACCAAGGCUGAAGAGCGGCAUGGCAACAUUGAGGAGCACCUGCGGCAGCUGGAGGGACGGCUGCAGGAAAAGAACCAAGAGCUGGCCAGGGUGCGCCAGCGGGAGAAGAUGAACGAGGACCACAACAAGCGACUGUCAGACACCGUGGACCGACUGCUUAGCGAGUCGAAUGAGCGCCUGCAGCUCCACCUCAAGGAGCGCAUGGCAGCCCUGGAGGAGAAGAACACACUGAUCCAAGAGCUGGAGAGCUCCCAGCGGCAGAUUGAAGAACAGCACCAUCACAAGGGCCGCCUGUCUGAAGAGAUUGAGAAGCUGCGCCAAGAGGUGGACCAGCUGAAGGGUCGAGGAGGGCCAUUUGUGGAUGGCAUCCACUUCAGGGCUCACAUAGGCAGUGCAGCAGAUGUGCGGUUCUCCCUGAGCGCAACUGCCCACGCACCUCAAGGUCUGCAUCGUUGCUACUCAGCACUGCGGGAAGAGUCUGCCAAGGACUGGGAGCCAUCUCCACUGCCUGGGGUGCUGGUCCCCACAGCCACCCCUGCCUUUGACAGUGACCCUGAGAUCUCUGAUGUGGAUGAGGAUGAGCCAGGGGGUCUGGUGGGCUCCAUGGACGUUGUCUCCCCCAGCAGCCACUCAGACGCCCAGACCCUGGCCAUGAUGCUUCAGGAGCAGCUGGAUGCUAUCAACGAGGAGAUCAGGAUGAUCCAGGAGGAGAAGGAGUCCACAGAGCUCCGUGCUGAGGAGAUUGAGACACGAGUGACUAGUGGCAGCAUGGAGGCCCUAAACCUGACCCAGCUGCGCAGACGUGGUUCCAUCCCCACCUCUCUGACUGCCCUGUCCCUGGCCAGCGCAUCCCCUCCAUUCAGAGGCUGCUCCACACCUAAACUUACUUCCCACAGUGCUACCCAGGACCUGGACCGAAUGGGGGUCAUGACCUUGCCCAGUGACUUGAGAAAGCAUAGGAGGAAGCUGCUGUCACCAGUGUCUCGGGAAGAGAACCGAGAGGAUAAAGCCACCAUAAAAUGUGAGACUUCUCCUCCUUCCUCACCCAGGACGCUGCAGCUAGAGAAGCUUGGCCACCCAGCCCUGAGCCAGGAAGAAGGCAAGAGUGCUUUGGAGGAUCCAGGCAGCAACCCCAGCAGCAGCAACAGCAGCCAGGACUCCUUGCACAAGGGCGCCAAGCGCAAGGGCAUCAAAUCAUCCAUCGGCCGCCUGUUUGGGAAGAAGGAGAAAGGCAGGCUGAUCCAGCUGAGCCAGGACGGAGCCACGGGCCAUGUUCUGCUAACAGACUCUGAGCUCGGUCUGCAGGAGCCCAUGGUACCUACCAAGCUGGGGACCCAGGCAGAAAAGGACCGGCGGCUGAAGAAGAAACACCAGCUGCUUGAAGAUGCCCGCAGAAAAGGAAUGCCCUUUGCCCAGUGGGACGGCCCUACUGUGGUUUCCUGGCUAGAGCUCUGGGUGGGGAUGCCUGCUUGGUAUGUGGCAGCCUGCCGGGCCAACGUCAAGAGUGGUGCCAUCAUGUCAGCCCUCUCGGACACAGAGAUCCAGCGGGAAAUUGGCAUCAGUAAUGCCCUGCACCGGCUCAAGCUCCGGCUGGCUAUCCAGGAGAUGGUGUCGCUGACCAGCCCCUCUGCCCCGCCCACCUCCAGGACUUCUUCUGGGAAUGUCUGGGUCACACAUGAAGAGAUGGAAACUCUCGCAACAUCCACUAAAACAGACAGUGAGGAGGGCAGCUGGGCUCAGACCCUGGCCUAUGGGGACAUGAACCACGAGUGGAUUGGGAACCAGUGGCUGCCCAGCCUGGGGCUCCCCCAGUACCGCAGCUACUUCAUGGAGUGCCUUGUGGACGCUCGCAUGCUGGAUCACCUCACCAAGAAGGACCUGCGGGUCCACCUGAAGAUGGUGGACAGCUUCCACCGAACCAGUCUUCAGUAUGGCAUCAUGUGUCUGAAGAGGCUGAAUUAUGACCGGAAGGAGCUAGAGAAGAGGCGGGAGGAAAGCCAGCAUGAGAUCAAGGAUGUGCUGGUCUGGACCAACGACCAGGUGGUUCAUUGGGUCCAGUCUAUUGGGCUCCGGGACUAUGCAGGAAACCUGCAUGAGAGUGGUGUGCAUGGUGCUCUGCUGGCCCUGGACGAGAACUUCGACCACAACGCAUUGGCCCUGGUCCUCCAGAUACCCACGCAGAAUACCCAGGCACGCCAGGUGAUGGAGAGAGAGUUCAACAACCUGUUGGCCUUGGGCACAGACCGGAAGCUGGAUGAUGGGGAGGACAAAGUGUUCCGCCGCGCGCCCUCCUGGAGGAAACGCUUCCGGCCGCGGGACCACCAUGGCAGCGCCAUGCUCAGCGCCUCUGCCGAAACGCUCCCGGUAGGCUUCCGCGUGUCCACCCUGGGGCCAUUGCAGCCUCCACCGGCCCCGCCAAAGAAGAUCAUGCCUGAAGCUCACUCUCACUAUCUCUAUGGACACAUGCUCUCCGCCUUCCGGGACUAGCUACAGCCCCCAAGGCCAGCUUCCUCCUGCUUGGUUUCACAGGCUCGGAGAGCCCUUAACCCUCCUGCUCGGUCGCCUUACUCCCACGGCUCCUAG